CAAUUGUUUAAAACAAGAACAUACCAUUGAGACUAAAAGGGUUUGGAUGUAUAGCCAAUAGCAUUCAAACUUUUAGUAUAGGACAGCAAAUAUGGAUUUCGUAUCAUUCAUAGUUGUUAUAUUCCCGUUAAUUACAAAUGUGAAAGGUCAGUCGUGUUACUUGGGCUACCACUCUUGUACAGGAUAUCAUUGGUGCUGUCCUGAUGCUUACAUUUGCACUGGGUCUACAACCUGUUUAUCCAUAGGUGCAAUAGUCGGAGCCUGCAUUGGAGCUAUAGUUGGUCUAGUUUUUUUCAUCGUCCUCAUAUACCUCUGCUGCAGAUCGAAGAAAGGCACAGUUGGAACUGUUGUAGCACAUCCAGGUGUCCAUACCACAGUAGUUGGACAGCAACAGUAUGGGCAGCCAGCUUAUGGACAACCGCCCCAAUACGGUCAACUACAGUACAGUCAACCACAGUACAAUCAACCACAGUACAGUCAACCACAGUAUGGACAACCAAGCGGUUUUGCACAGCCAGGCCAGGAUCCUGCAUAUCCACCCACUAAACAAUAACUUUUGUGCUACAGCUACUGUUUCAGGAACUAGACGUUUAUAUAAUUAUUGAUAUUUCAUUGUUUGGAUUUAAUUUACUUAACGUCAUACGAUACAGUUUUGAUCACAUGGUCAUUCUUUUACGAAAAUUUGCAAUCAAGCUAUUUUUACCUAAUCAAUUCAAUUAUGUAAUUAAGAAUAUACCUGCAUGUGCUAAAUGUAGAAAUAAAUGGAGUCAAAAUGUUAGACAUUUACUUACAAUUGCAGUUACUUGGACAUUUUUUAUCCUUCGGACAGACAUACCUCACUUUUUUUUUGUAAAAAGAUUAAGGAUAUCUGUGUUACAAAAGUAGACUCUUAAUUUGUGUAAGAAUUCUUUUUUUAAUAAUUCAUUUUUUAUUAUAUUUUAAUGGUUUUAGAUAAAAACGUCAUUUUUUGCUGUAUAUCUAUCUAAUCUAAAAGAAAUUAUCGGAGAUUUCUUCAUAAAAUUUGGAACAAAUAAUCUUCAUACAGUAUCAAGUCAAAUGUCAUUAAAAAAAGGGGUCCAUGUACUCGUAUUCAAAAUAAUGAUUAAAAUCACUCGAAAAAUACAUCUUUUACCGAUUUGUUGCAGUUUUUCGUCGCGAAAAAUAACAUGUCACGUUAGCAACGUCAUUAUCUCCCCUGUAACUGUAUCGUAUGCCCUUAACUGAUUUACAUACAUUUCCGUUUUACAGUAAAGAAAAUGAAAAUAUGGAAAUAUCAUCCAGUUAAAGGCCCCGAAAUCAUGAAUAGUUAAAUUUGUGAAAAAUAGUUAGAUUUAUUUAACAUAAAACUUCCAAACUAGACUAUUUUAAUUGUUAGCUUAAAGGGGUAUUUUAUACAGUAUGUGUGUGUACACCAACCACUUUUACAUUUAGAUUUGAAAAUUCCAUUCAAAGGUAUACACAGAUGUUUUGAUUCAAAUGUUUACCCUUUUUUAAAAUGCAUUAACUGCCAAAUUCAUGAUUCAUCGUAUUGAUACAAACUAUAACGUAUAUAAUAAUCCUAAAAGUUCCACGGGAAAAAAUUAACAAUGCACGAAAUCGUAGAAUACCAACAUAUUGGUUUAUAUCUUCUUCAUUUGAAAUCUGCUGGAUAGUUGCUCAUCAUUUGACUUAAAAUCUUAUCUUAGGUUUGGUUUACAAAUGCAUUAGAGAUCACUUAUCAGAUAAAUCAGCAUUUGUGCACUGUUACUUUCUAUUGAAACAGGAAGUUUAAACCAAAGAAUUUAGCAAAUGAAAGAUUCUGCAAACCUUUCAAUGACAAAGAAGAAGACAAAUGACCCUUUCUUUACAAAAAGGUAAAACAUGCUACACAGAGGAACAACUGAUCAGCAUGAGUUUCUCGUUGAAAACAUAUUUGUUGAAUUUAGAGGUAGACUUUUUAAGCAAGUUGUCGGCAUUCCUAUGGGAACGGACUAUGCACUUCUCCUUGCCGACCUCUUUUUAUUUUCAUAUGAAUCGGAGUUCCUUCAGACAAAAAAAACCCAGAAAAUGAAAGAAGCCCGAUCAUUUAAUUUCACAUUCAGAUAUAUUGAUGAUGUUCUUUCCAUUAACAAUCCAAACUUUUCUGAUUUGGCUCCAUUAAUAUAUCCUCCAGAACUAGAAAUUAAAGAAACAACAGACACGGCUUCCUCCGCCUUAUUUUUCGACUUAUACCUCAAAUUUGACAUAAGUUGUCAACUCAAUACCAGAAUCUAUGACAAGCGAGACGAUUUUAAUUUUGAAAUUAUAAAUUUUCCCCACCUUAGCAGCAAUAUACCAACUUCAUCUGCAUAUGGAAUAUGCAUUUCAUAACUCAUUCGGUAUUCAAGAGCUUGCAACUGCUACUCAGACUUUAUAAAACGUCACCAGUGUCUGAGCAGAAAGUUGACGAGCCAAGGUUAUGUCAUAGAACGUCUCGUCCUGUUUCUAAAAAAAUUCAUUGGAGGAUACCAAGACCCUGUUGAUAAAGAUGACAUAUCAACUUCACAAACAAUACAUGAUGGGUCUUGCAGUAUAGAUUGUAGGUAUUGACGUUGUGUUGCAUCUUAAUUACGUGUUAAAGUUCCCUUUUUUUUGUCAUAGUAUAUUUUCAACCUUUACUGUGUAUCCAUUUUUUUAUUAUAUACGUAUGACGUGAAUCGGUACUUAUACAUCCCGACAUUGUGUUAUUGUACUAUGGUCAAAUUUGAGUUCUUGUCUUUCGUUUUUGCUUAUGUGCUUUGUGUAAAUGCCUUUUUAUGUUUCUUUGUUGAAACAGGUAUGUGUUUUUAUAGUGAUUAAGAUUAUAUUACAAUGUUGACUGCUGUACCCCAAUUUUUGAUGUUUUUACCUACUAUGUCUGUAUAUUUUGCUCACACAUUGUUGUCAAUAUAAUGGAAUUCUAUGCGACUGUCAUACAAGUGAGAGCUUUAGCUAGCUAUAAAACCAGAUUUAAUCCACCAUUUUCUACAUAAAGAAAUGUCUGUACCAAGUCAGGAAUAUGACAGUUGUAUUCCAUUCGUUAGAUGUGUUUGAGCUUUUGAUUUCGCUAUUUUAUAAAGGACUUUCCGUUUUGAAUUUCCCUUUGAGUUCGGUAUUUUUGUUAUUUUACUUUUUUAUAUUGUCAACUAUAUAAAACAUUCGAAAAAAGUUUAGUAUUUCAAGAAUUUGAUUUAAGAUGAUAAUAUCAAAUCGAUAAUAUAUUUACUUAAUCCGAAUUAUUGGUGAAUGCCAGACAUAUAUGUAAUUAUUUGAGUCAAGGUUUUGAAAUUGAUUAUAAGACUGUAUGUGAGUUGGUAUAACACAAGUAAUAAAAGUACUACUUUUGGUUAUAACAUAUGGAUAUUUUUGUCUUGUUUUGUAAUAUUUUUUAUUUACAUUAUUUGUCAUGUUAUAUAUGCUGUAUACUUGGAUAACAUAUUAUUAUAUAUGAUUUAUGCAAUACAAUAUUUUUUUAUUU